AGCAUGCAGUCUGUUCCAGGGUCGCGAGAUUCUUGCGCAGUGAGUACUGUAAUACCGGUACCGUAAACCCGCACGGAGGAUAGACACCACAGACGGAGCUCGACCAAUCAGACUGCGGAGACUUGCCAGAUCUUGCGACUCGAGAACCUUGCGACGCCGGGACAGACUGUACCGGUAACCACAACUACCGCAAUCACCCGCGGUUGCUUUCAGAACGCGGAACACCUCACGCCUCAUCCCCCAAGGUGCCAAGCACCAACCCCCCAAGGCCCCGCUGUCAAGGCGUGCAUAAAAUAUUCUCCAAGAAGUUCAUCGCUAUAACCUACUGCUUAACUGGUCCUUUUCGUUUUUUAGUACUCGAGUACCGUAGACAGUGUCCCCCUCCUGAAGGAGCUAAGCAGCACUGGACUAUCUCGCACACGCAAAGGUCCUCACAAAACACUCGAGGGAGUGCUUUUAUACGUCAUGCAGCUCUCAGCACUCUUAUUCACUCAACUCCCCCAAUACUUACUCAACCUCACCAAUCCCCCUGCUACUCCCCUCUCUGCUGCUGUCACCAAUUCGAGGUCGUUGGUUUUACCUGAGGAUAUGGCCGUGGCAAAUUUUACUCUUCCGGCGUUGCCGUAUGCUUAUGAUGCGUUGGAACCUUACAUCUCCGGCCAAAUUAUGCAAAUCCAUCAUUCCAAGCAUCACCAAACCUAUGUCAACAACCUCAACGCUGCCACUGCAAACCACGUCAAGGCGCUCCAGGGAAAUGACGUUCGUGCCCAAAUUAAUCUCCAGCAGGCUAUUAAGUUUAAUGGAGGCGGACAUAUCAACCAUUCUCUAUUCUGGGCCAAUCUCGCACCGGCAAAUACCUCUCAGGCCAAACCAGAGUCGGCAGAAAAGCUUACAGAAGCGAUUUCGGCCAAGUAUGGAAGCUAUGAUGGGUUUAAAGAUGAGUUCAUGGGUGUGCUACUAGGGCUGCAAGGUAGCGGAUGGGGUUGGCUCGUGAAAGACAAGAAGACCGAGCAGCUUGACAUAGUCACCACUAAGGACCAAGAUCCUGUUGUUGGCGAUCUCGCACCCAUCUUGGGUAUUGAUAUGUGGGAGCAUGCGUACUAUCUCCAGUACUUCAAUGACAAAGCUUCUUAUGUCAAUGGAAUCUGGAAUAUCAUUAAUUGGGAAACCGCCGAAGGGAGAUUCUUGGGCCGAAGCGGAACAUUGGAAUUGUAGGCGAUAGCAUAUUUUUCUUGAGGACUGUGGAAAUUUUUAUCUCGCACUUUUCAAUAGGGCACCCUCAAUUAUGGCUUAAGGUGUAGUAGGGACAAUACGGCAAUUAUAAUACCAAGCCUGUCGAGUGAUUACUUGUGAAUAUCGUGAGGACCGAGCAGUCUUAGCACGAAUACCCGUAUGCCACCAUGGUUGGGGGGCACGUACCCCAUCUGGCGUCGUCGUACGCGGCCUCUCUGGCGCGUACCUUGAGUUCCUUCCCCUGGGGCUAGAUUUCCCUCUCAGGGCUUCGGGGAUGUUCCGCUCCUGAGUGCCAAUGUUCUUUGUGUCGAUGAGUAUAUAGCCUUAAGGGUUCACGGCUUUCUCAAGAUAGGUACCUACGAUAAUAACAAUUAUUCCCUAGAGAGACCACUUCUCCAAUUCGCUAUCUCUCACAGCGCUGCUGUUCACUAAGAUUCUGAACUGUACCCUGCUGGCUGACGUACGUGUACUCGCAGUUCUGGGAUUACGCACGCAACGCACGCUCUUCGCCCUCUCGUGAGCCGCGACCCCUUUCGUUUGUUUGCCC